UGUGCGUGAGGGGGUGGAGGGCUGUUGGAGGGGGCCGGUCCUGCGCUCCUCCUGGCUGCUCCGCUCAGCUUCCUGCCCGCUGCUGCUCCCCUCCGACAGCGGAUCAUGUGCCUCUCUCUCCGGCUGUCUGAGGAAGUCCACCUCGAGUUCUCCUCCCAGACUUUCUCCUCUUCCUCCACCUGACAGCCUGCUCUUCCUCCAUCUUUCCUCCGCGGCUGUCACCUCUCGGAGAGCCGGGGGAGAGGAUCAGAUUCUUCUUCCUCCUCCUCCUCCUCCUCCUCCUCCUCCUGCGGCCGGACGGAGCAGCUCAUGGAGGCCCCUGUGGAGGAGAAGGAGUCCCUGCCUCUGCCCACCCUGAGCCCGGCUGUGCCCCCUUACGUCACCCUGGGCCUGACGGUAGUCUACACGGUCUUCUACUCCCUCCUCUUCAUCUUCGUGUACGUGCAGCUCUGGCUCGUCCUCCGGUACCGACACAAGCGGUUGAGCUAUCAGACGGUGUUCCUGUCGCUGUGCCUGCUGUGGUCGGCCCUCCGGACCCUCCUCUUCUCCUUCUACUUCAGGAACUUUGUGACGGCCAACACUCUGGGCCCUUUCCCCUUCUGGCUGCUGUACUGCUUCCCGGUCUGCCUCCAGUUCUUCACCCUCAGCCUCAUGAACCUGUACUUUGCACAGGUUGUUUUUAAGGCCAAGUCGAAGUACGCACCUGAGCUUUUGAGAUACAGGUUGCCUCUGUACCUCAUCUUCCUCUUCAUCAGUCUGCUCUUCUUGGUGGUGAACCUGGUUUGUGCUCUGCUGGUGAAAACCUCCUCUGCAGAAGUUCACACCAUCGUGCUCAUCAGGGUCGCGAUCAACGACUCUCUCUUCGUCCUGUGUGCCGUCUCGCUCUCUGUGUGUCUCUACAAGAUCGCCAAGAUGUCUCUGGCCAACAUUUACCUGGAAUCAAAGGGGACGUCUGUGUGCCAGGUGACGGUGAUCGGAGCCACCGUCAUCCUCCUGUACGCGUCGCGAGCCUGCUACAACCUGGUCGUCCUCGCGCUCUCCAACAAGAGCAUCAACUCGUUCGACUAUGACUGGUACAACGUCUCAGACCAGGCAGAUUUACAGUCGACUCUCGGCGACACCGGCUACAUCGUCUUCGGAGUGGUCCUGUUCGUGUGGGAGCUGCUGCCGACGUCUCUCGUUGUUUUCUUCUUCAGAGUCCGACAGCCGAACCAGGACAGGAGCGGCUCUGGGAUUCCCGGUCACGUCUUCUCCUCGAGGUCGUACUUCUUCGACAACCCGCGGCGUUACGACAGCGAUGACGACCUGGCGUGGAGCGUCAUGCCACAGAACAUCCAGGCCAGUCUGGCGGCGGACAGCUACGAGUGGGGGAGUCAGAGCAGCGGGAUCAGCGCCUACAUCGGAGGAGACGACUCUUACCUUCUUCCCGCUCCUCCAGAGCAGCUGGGACAUUACUGACAGGUGUUCACAGAGACUCCUGCUCUCCUGUGCACCUGUUGUUUUUAUAUCUGUAUAUUUUUGCACAGUCUCUCUCUCUCUCUUAGUGUCAGAGGCACAUCGGGCUGAACGCGGCCCUUCACUCCAAACAUCCAGUUUUUUAUUCUUACUAGAAGAACUAACAGAGUCCUCUCUGCCAGUACGUAAAGUCCACUGAUGAGACGUUAAUUUGCACAAAACUUGUACAGAGUUUCCCCUAACGUUGUCCACUCUGAACAUUUUAACUGUAUAGUUAUUUAAUACUGCUAAUAUAUUUCCUGACUUUUGUAAAAUGUACUGGACUGCUUUUUUAUGUACUGUCCCACGGACUUGUUCUUUUUCAUACAGUUUUUUUUACGUAGAAGCGACUCAUUAAUUCAUAUUAAAAAAGUAAAACAUGCCGUGAGAA